GGACAUACAUGUGAUAGAACUUUGAAAUCUAACUCUUCAUUACUGUUUUCCACAGUUAAGCUCUGAAAAUGGUCCGCUACUCACUUGAUCCAGAGAAUCCCACCAAAUCAUGCAAGUCAAGGGGUUCUAACCUUCGAGUCCACUUCAAGGUAAGCAGAGUGCCAAGCAGUGGGCCGGGACUACAGCGCCGUUGGCCUACAAAGAGUGCAGAGUUCUAUACUGCACAUGGCUUCAAUAAAGCUGAGAGUACAUCGGAACGUCGAAGGUUACACGUUUCUGUUGCAUUUUUUCAGGGUCUUGAUGUGGAUUCUCUGGUAAUUGAGCACAUCCAGGUCAACAAGGCCCCCAAAAUGCGCAGGCGUACCUACAGAGCUCAUGGUCGUAUCAACCCCUACAUGAGCUCCCCCUGUCAUAUUGAGAUGAUCCUCACUGAGAAGGAGCAGAUUGUUCCAAAGCCAGAAGAGGAAGUUGCUCAGAAGAAAAAGAUCUCUCAAAAGAAGCUGAAGAAGCAAAAACUUAUGGCUCGGGAGUAAAUCUGACAUAAGAUGUACAUAAAUAAAAAAGAAAACGGAUAUUA